ACCCAACACGUGUAAGCGUGAACGACCCAAGCUGCAUGUAUAGUCUUGCGGUCGUAACAUACUCUAGGUGCCAUCACCCAAGCCUAAGCCAUUCAAGGUACAAACCUCCUAGCCCAGUCUUAACACUACAAAGGGGCAUGACGCAUUGAAUCUCGUGAUCCUUGUAUCGUCACGAGCAGCCUCACAGCCAGCUGUCACGCAGGGCUUGCAGACCAGCGAUGGCGGAUAAUGGCAGCAAACCAGAGGAGUGUCAGCUCUGUUUUGACUUUUAUGGUGAUGACCAGAAACGACCACGCUCUCUACCUUGUGGGCACACUUUCUGCUCACAGUGCAUUGAAGAUGUUAUAAAGACACCACCACUCACCUGCCCUACCUGCCGUGUGAAACACAGAGCCACAUCUGCUGUUCAAUUCCCGAUUAACUACGGCAUGGAAGCCUUCAUUAGAAAAUUCCAAGAAAUGCAAUUGGAGAAGCCUCACGAAGAACCCCCAAGAGACAUCAGCAAGAGAUUACAGUCUAUGGUGCAGGAACAGAAGAGGAGUCUCAUCAGCCUCAUUACCACCUGUGAAGACAUACUGUCCCAAAUGGACUUUCAUCGGAUAGAGUUGAGGAGGCUUGAGACCUGGGAUAAUAUACAUAACUCAUGCUAUUUUGAGGUGGAGUAUAUGGCAACAGAAGGUGAGGACGUAAUAAGUUCACUUAAGGAUAUUUUGAAAGACUUUGACUUUAGCAGAUAUGCACAAGAUGUGUUCAGAAGUGUUAAUGAAGCUGAUCAGUGCAGCGAAGAGGCAGAAAACUGGAUUGAGCAGUGUCGGGAAGACUUUUCAGAUAUCAUCACAGUGAAGGAACAGGACACCAUGAAGAAGGAACUACAGGUUAGUUCAGAGGCAGGUGCAACAGCUGCCCCUGUAUACUUGGGAGGUUCAUCCAUCAUUGUCAAGAAGAAAGGUAUACCCAUUGUUGGAGGAAUAUCUCUGAACAAACUAACUGUAGAGCAUCUCCGCAAAAUGAGUGAGCCAGUCAGGAAGCUGGUAGAGGCUGGCCAAGUGUUUGUUAUCAAGCAAGACAAAGAUGGCAUACGCUCCUCCAAGAUAACUUUGCAAGAUGGACAUCUGUAUGUUCACUCACUCCUGCAUCAGGCUCCUCCUGCUCAUGCUCACACACUCCAGCACAGCGAAGUCAUGGACACGUUAAAUCCCUCAUCCACCCUGGCAUUUCUUGACGUCUGGUGGGCAGGAUCAAAAGUUGAGCAAGUUCGCAUUCGGCUGAGCCCUAACACUGGGUUGGCCAGGCAAUUUGUAUUGUUGUGUACAGGCCAGAAUGGUCCAACUUACCGUGACUCAAAACUUUUUAAUUUUCAAAAGAACACUUCGGGGAAAUGUUUAAGUGGUGGUGACUAUGAGUAUAAUAAUGGUGAGGGAGGAGCCUCCUUGGUGGCAGACCUGAAGGGUGAUUACCAGUUCUCAAGCAAGGCCGGUUCUGUGAUGUCAUGGUAUGGGAUAUGCAGUUCCAAGGCUGCCCAAUUCUACAUCAACACCAGAAACUUUGCAAAAGGUGCACAACGUGGUCCUGUUUUUGGUAAGGUAGCAAGUGGACUGAAUGUGCUGAGGGCAGCAGUCAAUCAAAGUAAUAUUAAGGAGGUGAAUAUUGUUGACUGUGGUGUUGUUAUGCCUUUUUAGUUCCCUGUCACAAUCCCUGUCAAUGUCUCUUGUCACAUUUUUCUUUGUCACACAAUUCUUGUCAGAUACAGUACUGACAUCAUCUCUCACCAUCAUCUUACUCAGGUUUCCCAAAGUCAUGGAAAAUCCUGGGAAAAAGACAUGGAAUUUUUGCUUCUAGAAAAUUGCCUAAAAUGUUAAAUACAGUACAAAAAUUUUAUUUUAUCUUCAGGCAGCUGUUUUAUGUUUUUGUAUGCUUAGAAUUAGUAUGGUGUGGUAUACCUUUGUCAGGUUUAGAUGUUCCCUAAACCAAGGGCAAAGCUGUCCACAUAGUUGUACUGGCCCGCACCCAAUAAAUGACAGAGUGAUGCGCAAAUCAUCCUCGGUGCUACUUGUUGAAAUCGGUAGUACUGUAUUCAAAUUUAGAUUCAAAUUGAUUGUGUGGUUCCAAUAUCCUCAUUAUUUUCUGUAUACAAUUUCAACUUUUCACCUAUUUAGUGUGAAAAUAAAGAAUUUAAUCAAAAUUUGUAUGGAGAAACACUCAGAAAUUUGUAUUAGUUUUGUUACCCCUGUUUAUGGCUUUAUUAUUUAUGUUCUUGUAUUACUCAUGUCUUACUAUUGAUUGGGUCCGACAUUAACCAGCCAUGUUGUUUAACCAAAUACUGUAGAAACUUUUGUAUAAUAAAUGGCCAAUUUAUUGUGUAGAUUUUACAAAAAAAAAAAAAUCUGUGAGCUAUAUAUUAUUUUAAUUUCAAAAAUAAAAAUUUUACAUAUUUAUUUUGUUAAAUAUGUAUUUUAUAUGUGUUAUAUAUUGUUUAUUAUAAUACAUGGCUUGAACCUCUGGCAGUGUAUUUCCAU